AUGGGUUCUAUGCAAAUGGAGGAAAUUGAUAAAAUUAAAGUUACUUCCAAACGUAUUAAAUUAUGUGAACGUGACAUUCUGGCAUGCUCUAUGGUUCUUCGUAGUGAUGAUGCGUGGUUCAGUGGUGUCCGGUUCAUGAUUGUCAGGUCAAUCCACUCGGGUGAAAAACCUCAUUGUUGUGAGCUAUGCGGCAAGUCGUUUGUCUGUAACGGUAAGUUAACAAGACACAGACGGAUACACACGGGAGAAAAAUUAUUCAACUGUGAAAUCUGUGGUAAAUCGUUUAUUGAUAACUCGCAUCUUACCGGCCACAAACGAAUGCACACGGGAGAAAAACCCUGCCAUUGUGACAUCUGUGGGAAGUCCUUCUUCUCCAAUAGUAAUUUAAAAAGACAUAAAAUAUUACACACUGGCGAAAAACCAUUCCACUGUGAAAUGUGUGGCAAAUCUUUUGUCUCAAACAGUGUUUUAGCAAGGCACAAACGAAUGCAUGAUGGAGACGAGAAAACGUUUUAUUGCGAAAUCUGUGGAAAAACAUUCUUUGACAAUUCGAAUCUUAUAGUUCACAUUCGUAGCCACACCGGAGAAAGGCCUUAUCAUUGUGAUACGUGUGGCAAAUCGUUUAUGUAUAAAAGUCACUUAAACAAACACAUGAUUACACACAAGAGAGCAUCCUCUUAA